GUAACCCAACGCUCCUUUUAUGCAACCACCGUGAAUUUUUCUUUCUUUUAAGCGAUGUUUUUAUUUUGUCCGCGGUCAACUCUCACUGUUAAGGAAGACUUUGAAUUGGAGUUUAUGCUGUUUUUUUUUUGUUGAUUUCUUUACAAAUUCAAGUGACUUCUUGAUGAAAGUAUGUUCGACUUUUAACAAAAGUUGAUGCACCGAUUUUCCACGAAUUUCCCAUUAUUCAAGUACCAAGAACAAUUUGGGGUAACUUGACAUUUCUGCGCUGAUUAUUUCAUUAUCAGGGGUUAAAACUCGGUUCUAGGCGGUUAAUAAGUUAAAUAUAAGAACGCAGAUAUGGUGCGUUUUCUUUGGGUUUGAGCUCGGUGUGACUUAAAAGUUUCAAAAGUUUUUAGUCUUAACUUUAGCGCGUUUAAAAUAAAUAAAUAAUCGCUCCGCUCGCACGCAGGCUUCCCUGCGUUCAGCGGUCGGCGUCUUGCCUCGACAUCGACCACCCUGUCGUCCCUGUCGGGACUCCCAACUUUUCUUUGGUACCGGACCCACAAAUACCGUAUUCCGUGUGCUUCAACGUUGCGCUGCAAACUCGUACAGAUAUUUCCUUCUUUUAUGAAAAUAUAUCAACAGUCUACGCCAUGGCUUGUUACUCUUUUUUUUAAGUAAGAUGAAAGGAGGACAGAGUGCGCCGGAGAACGUUAAUGAACAAACAUCUUUCCCAGUCUCUUUAGUUUACCCGUCUUUAGGCAAUUUUUUUUCUUAUAAAAAAGAAGAAGAAGAAGAAAACAAAUAUUUGGGAAACUGAAGUUUUGUCUCGGCCAUUCUGUCUCCACAAAUACACAACCGAUUAGUCUAAAAGAUAGUUUCAUGUCCAUAUAGAUUUCCUAAUUUUAACUUGCGGACUUGUAGCCAAUGCGACCAUCUUACACCUUUGAAAAAACUGCAGUAAGAAUGCUUUGUUAGAAAUGUGGUGCCUAAAAUGUGAAAUGAGUUUGUACAAAGUGGCAUUCAGGACUUUGCAUGAGCUCUCAGAGUUUCAGAGGCCAACAUAAGCCAGUAAAGUUAUAAUUAAUUGCAAGCUGCUUUGUUUUUGUAGAAAAGGGGAAUAUUCGAGCCAAACAAGACACUAAUAAAACUGCGUUUCAGAUCACUGUAGAAUAGUUAUAAAUAAAGCUUUCAUUUCGCUACAGGACGUUGCAGCGUGUAUUUUUGUUGACCGACUUUUCAGUCAUGCGUUCAUUAGGAGGAAAAAAAAUAUCCAUUAAUAUUUUAAGUAAUUUCAUAAAUGUUCAUAAAUGGAAAGAAGCCCCGACUUUGUUAUUCCGCGCAGUGUGAUCGAAUUUUGCCGCACAAAAUUUAUACUUUCUGCAAUUUAAAAAUAAAUACAUCUUUUGAUUUAAAAUUUUAGAAAAAUGGCCUGCAGAUUUCAUGCGAGCAAAUAAAAAUUUCUAUGCAGCACACUGUGUUUAGCACAACCUGAAAAGCAUGUGCAUUUAAAAUAAAUAUUCCUUUCGGGAGAAAGUCACGCAUUGAAACGCUGUUUCACGUGAUUUUAGGAACUUGAUGAUUAAUGCAAAACCUAGUCUAUCCCUGAGUGCUGUUUCUUUCCCCUAAAUUUCCUUUAAAUCUAAUAAAGGGGAGUGAGGGAAAGUCACUUGUUUCAACAACCCAUCUGCAGAAUGCAAAAAUUCCUAAUUAUGUCUAGGCCAUAUGCUAAAAUAGUUGCAAGUGUCUUGUGUAUGUAAUUAUAAGAGUAUGACCAUGUUGUCUUUAAGUUUUGGAUUAUUUAGCUGAAGCAGUGCUCAUUAUAAAUGAGUUGUGUGUCUUUCUAGAGUGUUCUGGUAGCAGAAAGGGAAACAGAAAGUCAUUGUAUUUGUAGCUGAAUAUCAGUGAUGCUCAGGGCUGUAGUUACUGGGAGGUCGGAGUGAGAGCCACAGAGGGUGGGAUGUUGAGCUGUUUUAACCUUUGCCAGCGUCCCUCUGUUUGGAGGUGAUCAGAGUUCAGGGCUCACUGUGUUCCUCUCUGCCUUGCCAUUGACCCUGCUGAUGAGAGCUGCAGGCGGCCCAGCAAGGCCUCAGCUUUUUUAUUUAAGAGUGUGUUUGACUGUGGGGCCUUAUCAAUGUUGUGACCAUCCCCUUAUGCCCUAUCAGAGUGGCCCCCCUAGAGGAGAGAUUGGCAGGGCAGCCCCCUUUUGCGCUGUUUCUCCCUGCAAACACAGAGUGCCUCGCUUGUCAUUUUGCCAUUGUUUAUGUGGUGUGAGUUUAGGUGUAGCCUGAAGGACUUGCUUUGCCUUUUUCCCUCCCCUUAAGCUUUAACCAUGUCACCGGGGCAGAGCUUCUGAGAUUUGAAUCUUGUCCUGGACCACGGCAGCUUUAGUGGAACCCCAUCUAGUGUUCAGUGGGAUGAGUCCUGAGGGCUGGAGAAGAUGUGAGCAGAAACCCUCCUGAAGUUACAAGUGUCAAGACGCUCACAGAGGCCCCCUGCGAAAAAAUAAUGGGACACAGAACUUUGCUCCGAGGACCCCCCCUGCAAGGAGUCAGACGCCCAUGUCUGUAGCAGAUGUUGUGCUGAGUUCUUUGAACUAUCAGAUCUUGAGGAACACCAGAAGAAUUGCACUAAGAAUCAGUUAGUUCUGAUAGUGAAUGAAAAUCCUGCCUCCCCUGUCGGAACUUUCUCGCCUGGGUCUCCUCCUCAUAAUCCCGAUGACCAGAUGAAUGACACAGCUAAUAACACUGAUCAAACAGAGGGCAGUGAACUUUUGGAGCCUAACACUCUUGAAAAAGACGAAUCCAUGGACGUGGACGUUUCCGGAAUGAGCAGUGGUCACGAAGAGGACGGCAGUCAUACAGAGAGCGGAAGCCCUAUUAAUACAGUCAGCAGCCAUGCUGAUAGAGGCACUUCUGGCCCCGCAGUAGGUACUUCAGCUAUCUCUGCCUCACUACCUCAGCUCAGUAACCUAACUGAACUGGGGAACUUCUCCAUGAUCAACAGCAAUGUCAUAAUUGAAAAUCUGCAGAGCACCAAAGUGGCUGUGGCCCAAUUCUCCCAAGAAGCCCGUUCGACUGGAGGACCAAGGGUGGCCGUGCCAGCACUAAUGGAGCAGCUCUUAGCCCUGCAACAGCAACAGAUCCACCAGCUGCAGCUUAUUGAACAGAUUCGCCAUCAGAUACUGCUACUAGCCUCCCAGUCACCAGAAAUACAGGUACCUCCAACUUCUGCUCCCGGCACAAUGGGGCCAGCUGCCAGCCCCUUGACCACACUCAGCUCACAUCUCUCUCAACAGCUGGCGGCAGCCGCAGGCCUAGCACAGAACCUGGCCAGCCAGUCGGCCAGUAUUAGCAGCAUAAAGCAGCUGGCUGCAGCAGCACAGCUACCUCAGUCCAACCCAAGCAGCAGUGAGACAUCUCAGAGCAUUACCACACUGGGGCCAUCAACAAUCAAUCCCCAAUCCUCUGACAAAAGGCCCACUCAUAUGAGUAGCCUUCAUUCUCAACUAAGCAGCUCCUCACUAGCAAAGUCGUCGACGCCAGCAUUUGGAAUAGGUAGCUUGUUAAGCUCGGCCGUGAAUCCCCUUCUACCUCAACCCCCACCUGGAAAUCCCAUUUUCUCCAGUUCUCUUCCCAGUGUUGGCACCACUGUAGAGGACCUCAACUCUUUAGCAGCUUUGGCCCAGCAGAGAAAAGACAAGCCGCCAAAUGUCAGUUCAUUUGAGCAUAAGAGCAGCUCUGAUGAUGCUUUCUUCAAACAUAAGUGCAGGUUUUGUGGCAAGGUGUUUGGGAGCGACAGUGCCUUGCAAAUUCACCUGCGCUCACAUACUGGUGAGAGACCCUACAAGUGUAAUAUCUGUGGCAACCGGUUCUCCACUCGUGGUAACCUGAAGGUGCAUUUUCAGCGUCAUAAAGAAAAAUACCCUCAUAUCCAGAUGAACCCUUACCCUGUUCCUGAGCAUUUAGACAACAUACCAACAAGCACUGGCAUUCCAUACGGCAUGUCUAUACCACCUGAGAAACCUGUGACCAGCUGGCUUGACAGUAAACCAGUUUUGCCUACUCUGACAUCAUCAGUCGGCAUGCUGCUACCACCAACCAUGCCAAGCCUGCCACAUUUCAUCAAAAAGGAAGAUCAUUCAAUAGCCAUAACUAGUCCUUCUGUUACUGCAAAGAGUGACUCAGGUGCCACUGAGCCUUCAGCUAAAAGUAAUGAUGGUGUAUCUGAAGAGGGUGAAGGUGCAACACUGCCUACCUCAAAUGGAAAAACUGACGAAGGCAGCAAGACUUCGGGUCUCAUGACAAAUGUGAGUUGUGCAUCAGAAAGCAUUGCAGAGUAUACGACUUCUACCAGCCCACCCAUGAUGACCAACCCACUCAUGCCCCUUAUGUCUGAUCAGUUCAAGGCUAAGUUCCCUUUUGUAGGCAUUCUGGAUCCUCUCCAGGGAUCGGAGACAUCCAAGUUACAACAACUUGUGGAGAACAUUGAUAGAAAGGUGAAAGACCCAAAUGAAUGUGUCAUUUGCCACCGGGUGCUGAGCUGCCAAAGUGCACUGAAAAUGCACUAUCGCACUCACACUGGGGAACGGCCCUUCAAGUGUAAAAUCUGUGGCAGGGCAUUUACCACCAAGGGAAAUCUUAAAACCCACUACAGUGUUCAUAGGGCCAUGCCUCCUCUUAGAGUUCAACACUCCUGUCCCAUUUGUCAGAAGAAGUUCACAAAUGCUGUCGUUCUGCAGCAACAUAUCCGUAUGCAUAUGGGUGGGCAGAUCCCCAACACCCCUCUGCCAGAGAGUUAUCCAGAGUCCAUGGCUUCUGAUACUGGUUCAUUUGAAGAGAGAAACUUUGAUGAUCUUGACAACUUUUCUGAUGACAACACUGAAGGAAUGGAAGAGGGUCCAGACAGCAGUGUGCCAGAUACACCCAGAUCUGCUGAUGCUUCCCAUGACAGUCUAUGUAACUCCCCAGCUCCCCCUGAAAUGGCUAUCCAGGAAGGGCAAGAGAGGAAUGGCCAAGAAUAUCAUAAUGAAAUGCAGGAACAUAAUGUGAUCCAGAUGAAGGCUAUUGCAAAUGGCUUAAUUGAAGGUGACUGUCUCACCAAUGACUCCUCAUCUCUGGGAGGUGAUGUUGAAAGCCAAAGCGCCGGGAGUCCAGCGGUGUCAGAAUCUACCUCCUCCAUGCAGGCGCCAUCACCCACUAGCAUGCAGCCACAACCACACAAAUCCCCGAGCCUCGAAGAAAGGCACCAAAGGGCCUUAUCUUCAGACCCCACCAGUAUAAGCCUCUUGCACUCACAUCCCUCCAACCUUGGAGCCCUGGACCUGACAUCUGUCAAUUCACCAAAAGACCCUUUGGGCAUGAUUUUCCCCUUCCGUGAGCGUAGCACCAUCAAGAAUACAUCCUGUGACAUCUGUGGGAAGACCUUUGCUUGUCAGAGUGCCUUGGACAUUCACUAUCGAAGCCAUACCAAAGAAAGACCAUUUAUUUGCACGGCAUGUAACAGGGGUUUCUCCACCAAGGGCAAUCUCAAGCAGCAUAUGCUAACACAUCAAAUGCGAGACCUGCCCUCACAGCUAUUUGAGCCAUCAAAUACCAGCCUGUCCUCCAGCCCAACUCCUUCUCUUCUAUCUGUCGGUUCUCUAAGCAAACCAGAAGUCAAUGGUUUCCUUCAUAACCUUCAUCCGGAAAACAAGGAGGUACCCCCUGGCUUGGUCACAUCAUCUGCCUCAACAUCCCCAGUGCUUUCCACUGCUCCACCACGCAGGACUCCCAAGCAACACUUCUGCAAUACCUGCGCAAAGUGUUUCUCCUCCGCCAGUGCUCUGCAGAUCCACGAGAGAACCCACACAGGGGAGAAACCCUUUGCCUGCAGCAUCUGCGGCCGAGCUUUUACCACCAAAGGAAACCUCAAGGUUCACAUGGGCACCCACAUGUGGAACAGCGCUCCUGCCAGACGUGGCCGCAGGCUCUCCGUAGAUGGCCCGAUGGCCUUCCUUGGCACCAACCCAGUCAAGUUUCCCGAGAUCUUCCAGAAGGACAUGGCAUCAAGGGCAAGCAACGGAGACCCGACCAGUUUCUGGAAUCAGUAUGCUGCGGCCUUCUCCAAUGGUCUCGCAAUGAAGACAAAUGAAAUUUCUGUCAUCCAGAACGGAGGCAUCCCACCCAUGUCAGGUGGUGUCGGAAAUGGGGGCAGCUCUCCCAUAGGUGGCCUGACAGGCAGCCUAGAUAAGCUACACAACACGGAGCCCAAUGCUGCUCUGGCUGGUCUGGAGAAAAUGGCCAACACAGAGAAUGGGGCCCACUUCCGGUUCACACGCUUCAUGGAGGACAAUAAAGAAAUUGCCACCAAUUAGUAUAUGUCCUCAACUGGGCACAGACACAUAAAGAUGCCUAAAGGCAUACUGUACACAUAUGUAGACACAGACAGAGGAAGAGAACAAGACAGGGAUAAAAUCAGCUGAACUGCUUUGCUCGCCAUUGAAUCUUUACGAACAUGAGUGUGAAGACAAGUUGCUUUUUUUGUACAAUGUACAUGUUAUAGUUUUAAGGAGCUUAUUUAUUAGUGAUUAUAACCUUGCUUGAAACCAAGUGGAAGCAUUAACAAUUAGGUUUUGUUUAUUUUAAAGCCACAAUGGGUGCUUUAAAAAUGUGCUUUUGAAACUUAGAAUAUCUGGUUAGAUAACCUUACCUUGGCAUUAAGUUAUUUUCUGUCUGUAGUAGCUAUAAUUGAACUGUCUAUGUUCAUGUGAUGCAUUAGCCCUGUAAUAAGCGAACAGACUUGCUGUAAAUAAUGUACACUGAUCUUCUGUAGAUGGUCUAACAUCUGUGUGUUCAUGAAUCCCCCCCACCCCGCCUCAUCAAGACAAAACAAUGAAAUUCAGGCAAGGGACUAAAUGAUGUUGUAGUUCCUUUCUUUCCGAUUAUUAUUUACCUUUAUCUUAUUUAAGGAAGACAAAACAUUGAAGUUUGCUACAUUUCAAGGGUUUAUUUAGUGUUAAUUUGUUUUCUUGUUACAGUCUCUGUGUAUUGUACUUUCUACUUUUUUUGUUUACUUCCAUUUUUUUUCUUCUAUCUUCUGUUGCUCAUAUUUUGGUGUUGUUGAGAGCAAGAUGGUUACAAAUAGAGGAACAUUCAGUCUGGCCUGUUUCCUGGUUUUUGGAACUGAGACAGCUAAUCAAAUUGGAAGGAUCACUUUUAGUAUCUGAGCUGGAUUUCCACAUUGCUGCUAUGUCCCAGCAUCCUCACUGACAUCAAGUGCAAAGUUAUGUGUUGAAGCUUCUGUAAAUAUGUUCAGAUGUGGAAAUACAAGCUCCCUUGCAAGAAAAUGUACAUAAAGCUCUCACAAGAAGUCCAUCACGGCCAGGGGACAAAAUGAUAGUGUUUUUAUAAGUAUAAAUAUAUAUCGGGUUUGACAACCUUCGGACUGUUACAUGCACUUUCUUGGAAAGUUGGAAGAUCUUUAUGGGUCCAGUUUCUCUACACUUUAAUACCUACUAACAACUAAGAUACUGUAAUUCUUUACUCUAAUAAUCAAAUACAUCAGUUUUCCAAAAGAAA